GCAAGGGUCACUCACAUGAGUGUAGAGUUUUAGUAGCUGGUGUCCCGUUUGUGGAGCUGAAUCUACUCAGUUCGGUCAGUCAGCUGUGUGUAAAUGAUGCUGCGGACACUGGUUCGGGCCGGCGGGACGCUCCUGCAGCAAAGCCAGCGGACAGCGCCAAGGUUGUGGGUGACACCAGCGCAGCAGCGAUGGGCGUCCAGCCUGCCUAUGAACACUGUGGUCCUGUUUGUGCCCCAACAGGAAGCCUGGGUGGUGGAGAGGAUGGGUCGCUUCCACCGGAUCUUAGAACCGGGUUUAAACUUCCUCAUACCCUUACUUGACCGAAUUCGCUACGUGCAAAGUCUCAAAGAGAUUGUCAUUGAUGUCCCAGAGCAGUCUGCAGUGUCUUUAGAUAAUGUAACACUGCAGAUCGAUGGAGUGCUUUAUUUAAGGAUCCUAGAUCCUUUUAAGGCUAGUUAUGGUGUGGAGGAUCCAGAAUAUGCCGUCACACAGCUGGCACAGACCACCAUGCGUUCUGAACUGGGCAAACUCACUCUGGACAAAGUGUUCAGGGAAAGGGAGUCCCUUAAUUCCAACAUUGUCCACGCCAUCAACCAAGCUGCAGAUGAUUGGGGUAUCCGUUGUCUCCGUUAUGAAAUCAAAGACAUCCAUGUUCCACCUCGUGUCAAAGAGUCCAUGCAGAUGCAGGUGGAGGCCGAGCGUAAGAAGAGAGCCACGGUGCUGGAGUCUGAAGGGACGAGGGAAUCGGCCAUUAACGUAGCCGAGGGUCGUAAACAAGCUCAGAUCCUUGCCUCGGAGGGUGAAAAAGCAGAGCGGAUCAAUCAAGCGGCUGGUGAGGCCCAAGCAGUCCUAGUCAAAGCUGAGGCAAAAUCCAAGGCCAUCCGUCUGCUAUCAGAUGCUCUGACUGAACAGAAUGGAAACGCGGCAGCUUCGCUAAGUGUAGCCGAACAGUACGUGGCUGCUUUCUCCAAACUUGCCAAAGAGUCCAACACCAUCCUUCUGCCCUCUAACUCUGGUGACAUUAGCGGCAUGGUCACACAGGCCAUGACCAUUUACAGCACGCUGGCCAAGACGAGCCCAAAAGUGGAAGCUGUGGAGGAGAAGAGCGAAGAGUCUGCGAACCACUCGGCACCAUCUCAAUAACAGGGGGGAGGGGGCGGACGGGGGGAGGUGUAGUCCGUGGAUGAACUCAAAGCAGUAAAUGACACCGAAGCGGGAGAAGCGGUUUGUUUCAUACGAGUAGUUACGGGCCUCCGAGGCAUCGCUGCGAGGUCCGAAGCUCACACACACACAUCUGCUGGCAGGACAGAAGCAACAGCUGCCAACUUCUAAACUCAUGGGAUAUCUUUGCCAAGGAGUACUGGCAAAGAGGAUUUCUAAUCUUCACUGACUAUUGUUUUAUGUUGGUCAGUUUAUUGUCAGGUUAGGAAAUGAACACCAGCCUCCAGCCAAAUAUACUCAUACCAGUGACUUUGGUAGGCUGACAGAAUGAAGUUUAUAUAGAAUAAACCCUGGAUGUUGGUGCAGUAUCAUUUCUUAGUUACUCCCAGAAAUACAUAAACCCCCUAAAUGGAAUUGGAUGUAUAGAGUUUGAAAAGUUUGACUGAAAAAUGUGAUUGUGUACGAUGUUUUUCUCCUUUUUGCGACCUCUUUUCGUUCCGUUUUUUGGUUCUGUUAGCUCAGGUUUACCAUCUGCUUUGAUACGGCUUGUUUACAGAAAUGAGAGGCAAUUCUUCAGCAUCGUUGGGACCAGCAACUUGAAGCUGCUACACGUGAUAUCUGGCUGGAGGCCUCAGCGUGGUGGAAAGUUUCCCAAAGUGUAGUAAAAUUGACAGUUUGGCUCAUGAUAUAUAUUCAAAUAAUAUAGUGUCUCCAUUUUUAAAAAGUGAAACCGAUAGUUACUUGAGAACAAUUUUUAAGAAUUCAGAAGUAUUUCCUUCUCUGAUAGUAUACAAAGUCAGUGUGCCUGUCCUCUUCAUGUUUGUAUUUGCCUCUUAUGUCUUAUGGGAUAUAUUUAUUAGAUGUGAUGGAUUUCUGUAAAGAAAGGUCACUGAUGCUGACAAGUUUAUGGAAAAUAAUGCACCGUUGAAACCAGCACAUCUUGCUGUGUGUCAUUUUAGACUCUCACAAGAGACUUUAGAUUAAGGUUUAAGUGUGGUGGGGGUAUUAUGAAGCACUUGUUUAAAAAUACACAAUCAUGUUGCUAAGAUGGUACAGAAGACAAACUAGUGGACGUCUUUAACUGUAAUGUUUGGAAUAUGUGUUGAUGAAGGAGAACUCACAGUAUGAUUUGGAUAAUUCACCUCCAUGUUUUAGUUCAGGGGUUCAGCAAUGAUAAGUUAGAAUAAAAUAAAUAAAAUUGUUUC